UUAAUAUCACACACAAUAGUUGAUUAUUUCAAAGUUGCCAAAUAGCCUUUAAUUGGACCAAUCAGUAAAUCGCUGAUUCAGUCACAUACACAGAUUUGCUUGAGCCACACACACAGAAUGUAAUCUAAUUAAUUCAGAGUGGUGUUACUACUAUUUAAACCACUUUUGCUGAAGUUUAAAUCCAUGCAUAUUUUAAUUGCUGCCUUUGGGCCUGUUGUGCUGUGGAGCAACGCUGCACCCUCUCUUGUUUUACUUAUUGAUAAAAUGGAACAGUCUAGGCUAUUUAACUACUGAUCUGCUUUUAUUGCCUAGAGUUGCAUCAUUUUCCAGCACAAGAAACUAAAAAUAGAUUCCUGGCUACGAGUCGUUCCUCUUCCUAACUGGCUGCCUGUCAUGAAGGUGAAUUAACCACAUGAGACCUAAUUGUCCGACACCUGGAUCCCAACAGUCCCCCUACCCACCUCCACCCUAACUGUUGAGGUGUGUGUGACCUGUACUCAUGGGCUGGUCUGCUCACGUCACUGAAGCUUCCAUCUGCUUGCCUGUGCACUUUGUAUUGUAUGGGUGGAGGAGGAGCCGCUUUUUCCUGUGAUUGUCUCUCUCUCUCUCUCUCUCUCUCGCUUAGCCAAAGUUGAACAUUGUGCUUUGCCUGGGAGCUGUCGCCAGUGGAGCGGUGCAGCUCUCUGCGCUCUGACUGAACUGAGCUGGCGUUUAUUGCGCGGAGCCUUGUGGAGCAAACGCGAAGGGAAAAAGGAUCUCCUCUCCACUAGGAACCUUCCCCGUUCUUUUUUUAAUCCUCCUGUGUGUGUGUGUGUUUUUUUUAUUGUAUUUAUUUUUUCACCGAAUUGACUCCUGGAUACUUUCAAGAUGUCAGGGGAAAAGCGCAUCGGGCAUUUAAAGCUGGUAGGUGUCUGAAACCCCUCCCCUACGCGCUCAGAGGUGUCUGGGUCUUGGUGUGAAGUGCGGCUCAGCUGGGUUGUGACUGCGCUCGCGCUCAGGAUAACACAAGAGUUGGUGAUUCCAUUUUCCACCAUCAGCUUGGAAUUUCUUUACGCGUGUUGUGGUGUGGACCCGAAUCUGGCGCACAUGAAAAUGUCAGAGGUAAUUGGCCAGCUUCUGUGGGAUUUGAUGUCACCUUUAGACUGGUUUAACUGAAGAUGGAAACACUGGAGUCAGAGCUGACUUGCCCGAUCUGCCUGGAGUUAUUUGAAGAUCCUUUGCUCUUGCCUUGCGCCCACAGCCUCUGUUUUAACUGCGCCCACCGAAUCCUGGUGUCUCACUGCUCCACCAGCAAGCCCCUCGAGUCCAUCUCCGCCUUUCAGUGUCCCACCUGUCGUUACGUCAUCACGCUGAAUCACCGCGGCCUGGAGGGCCUGAAGCGCAAUGUGACGUUGCAAAACAUCAUUGACCGCUUCCAAAAGGCCUCCAUUAGCAGCCCCAACUCCCCCACGGAGAGUCGGCGCCUGCAGACGCAGCGGCCGUACACUGCCACCAUUAGCGGCACAAUAGCUGGAACGAUUGGUGGCGGGGGGACUGGUGGAGGAAGUGCACGUGGCAGCCCGGCCACUUCCAGCCACUCCCACUCGCACGCCAAUCACACCAACCACAACAACGCUAACCACAGCCCAGCUGUCGUGGCAAAGAUGGAUCUGCGAAUCAGCUGCCAGUUCUGUGAACAGGAUCCACCACGCGAGGCUGUCAAGACGUGUGUCACAUGUGAGGUGUCGUACUGCGACAGAUGCCUGCGUGCAACGCACCCCAACAAGAAGCCCUUCACCAGCCAUCGUCUGGUGGAGCCUGUGCCAGACACCCACAUCCGCGGUCUGACCUGUCUGGAGCACGAAAAUGAGAAGGUCAACAUGUACUGCCUGGUGGACGAUCAGCUGAUCUGUGCCCUCUGCAAGUUGGUGGGCCGCCACAGGGAGCACCAGGUGUCCUCGCUUACCGAGCGCUUUGACAAGCUCAAGGCUUAUCAGGUGAGCCCGGGCAGAGUGUCAGAUGCAGCAAUGGAGGCUUCAAAGACAAGCGCUGCGCAAACUCUGGAGAACAACCUAACUAACUUGGUGAAGAGAAACAGUGAACUGGAGAACCAAAUGGCCAAGCUCAUCCAGAUCUGUCAGCAGGUGGAGGUAAACACAGCCAUGCAUGAAGCUAAGCUGGUGGAGGAGUGUGACGAGCUGGUGGAGAUCAUCCGUCAGAGAAAGCAGAUCAUUGCAGUCAAGAUCAAGGAGUCCAAGGUGAUGAAACUGCGCAAGUUGGCUCAGCAGAUUGCAAACUGUCGCCAGUGUUUGGAGCGCUCCAGUGCCCUCAUCACGCAGGCCGAACAGAGCCUGAAGGAGAACGAUCACGCGCGCUUCCUCCAGUCUGCCAGAAACGUGGCAGAAAGGGUCGCCAUGGCAACAGCCUCCUCCCAGGUUCUCAUCCCUGAUGUGAACUUGAACGAGGCAUUUGAUAACUUCGCUCUUGACUUUUCCCGAGAGAAGAAGAUUCUCGAGGGGUUAGAUUACCUAACAGCUCCCAACCCUCCAGCUAUCAGAGAAGAGCUAUGCACCGCCUCCCACGACACCAUCACUGUUCACUGGACGUCAGAGGAUGAGUUUAGUGUCACCUCCUAUGAGCUGCAGUACACCAUCUACACUGGCCAGACGAACUUCAUCAGCUUGUACAACUCUGCAGACAGCUGGAUGAUUGUACCGAACAUCAAGCAGAACCACUACACAGUGCACGGCCUGCAGAGUGGCACACGUUAUAUCUUUUUCGUCAAGGCUAUCAACCAGGCAGGAAGCCGCAACAGUGAGCUGGCACGCCUCAAAACCAACAGCCAGCCAUUCAAGUUAGACCCGAAGACGGCCCACAAGAAGCUCCGUCUGUCCAACGACUGUCUGACCAUGGAGAAGGACGAGAGCUCUCUGAAGAAGAGCCACACACCGGAGCGUUUCAGCGGCACCGGCUCGUAUGGAGCGGCCGGUAAUGUCUUCAUCGACAGCGGUUGCCACUACUGGGAGGUGCUGCUGGGAGCCUCCACAUGGUACGCUGUUGGUGUGGCUUACAAAUCAGCCCCAAAAAAUGAAUGGAGUGGCAAGAACUCGUCCUCGUGGGUGUUCUCGCGCUGCAAUAACAAUUUUCUGGUGCGGCAUGAUGGUAAGGAGAUGCUGGUGGAGGCGAGCCUACAGCUGCGGCGGCUAGGCGUCCUGCUGGACUACGACAACAAUUCUCUGUCCUUUUACGAUGCCAUGAAUUCCCAUCACAUUCACACUUUUGAAAUCUCCUUCCUCCUGCCUGUUGUACCCACAUUUAUGAUCUGGAACAAGUCGGUCAUGAUUCUCUCGGGGCUACCUGUCCCAGAUUUUGUUGACGGGGUGUCCUCAGAUCUCCAGGAGCAGCAGCAGCAGCAAAUGGGCCUGUGCCGACAAGAAUCGCCCUACUUGACGGGGAUGAAAACCUGCCACUGACUGGUUUUUUGACUGAAGGGUUGAUCAGGAGUCGACAGACACCGACAGUGUGGCUGAGCUUUGCUCUAAUCCGAGAGAGAGAGAGAGAGAGAGAGAGAGAGAGAGAGAGAGAGAGAGAGAGAGAGAGAGAGAGAGAGAGAGAGAGAGCGAGAGAACGGGUUGCUGUCUAAGGAAGAGCUGGAAAUAUGCACACCAAAUUUAAAACCUGUUGGUCCUGUUAGUUUGUAGCCAUUCUGUGUUUUUGCAGCUCUAUUAGUUAAUGAGAUUUUUGACUGAAAACAUUGGUGCAUGUGACUUUCAUCUGGUGCCCAGAGGCAAGGCAGCUUUGCUCUGUCACUGAGCUGGGUUAGAUUCCUGGUUUCCAGAACCAUUUGAGAUUUCCUUUAACCUAUUUUCUUUUUGACAUGACCUCUGGGCAAAGGACCAAGUUGAAACUCUUCAUGCCAGCGGUUCAAAGUGUGAAGUUGUAACAAAUGAACAGUGCAAAGUAACAAAUACACAAGAAAACCAAAUGGGACUGACUACUGCAGAGAGCUACUGAUAUUUAUUGUUCUUCUUUAGAGAUGAUGAAGAGUGGAGGAAGAUGCAAUUAAAAAAACAUUCACAAUUAAACACAACAUUCAAAGUUUAGAUCUUUAUGAAUGUUUCUGACUUAAAUAAUGUGUGAUGAUGGAAAGGGAACUUGCCUGUAUUUAUAGUCCUAGAAGCCCCCCAAGGUGCUUUACAACACAACGGUCAUUUACUCAGUCACAAACUGAAGGAAUAACAUUUAAUUGACAGGAGGCUUUUAAAAUGAUGUUUAACACUGUGGCAUCUUUGCCAUUAGAAGUGUUUAUGACAGCAGUUUUCCACUCCUCUCUUGGCCCUAAUUGUUAGCUCAGCAAUCAGUUCUGAACUCAUCUCUAUAGAGCUCCGGACGUCACGUGACUCUCAGAGAGUAGACGCCAUGUUGGCAGGCAACAAAGGUAAACAAAAUGAACGGGAUCAGCUUGGAUUUUACUCCGUCGGAGUUUACUUCACACUUUAAAACCGAAGAAAUUGUUUUAUAUAGUCAGAAAUUAAAUAGAAUAAACAUCUCUGACCCUUACCGUGCCCCUGGGAUACUUUUGAAAAACGCCAGAAGCUGUCAGAGCGGACUUCUUACCGGACCUGGCCAGGGAACGCCUUGGGAUUCCCCUGGAGGAGCUGGCCCAAGUGGCUGGGGAGAGGGAAGUCUGGGCCUCUCGACUUAGGCCACUGCCCCCGCGACCCGACUCCGGUUAAGCGGAUGGAAGGAUGGGCAAAUAACAGAUUUACACGUAAGUAGUUUAAAUAGAGUGCUGUGCUGUUUGAAUGUAUAAACUGAAUGCCAAGAGAAAUCACUAGUUUGAUUGUUUUCCGUGAAUAAAAUAAAAAUGUCAGGCAGGAGCGUCUCAGGAUCUGUCUGAGAUCUGUCUCGGUGAGACAGAUAAUAGCCAUCCAAAGUGCUUUUUAUGUGUGAUCUGACAACUGAUCAACCAUUGCUUAAAAAUUAAAUACAGCUUAGCCGGUUAAUUGCUGUGAUCAUAAAACACGGAAACGGCAGCACACAGAACUCACGAGGCAACGUUUUACGUGACAUUUACUUGUUGCUAUGAGUAAUAAGACAGAAAAAGCCACGCCAAAAUAAGUUUAGGAAGCCCACUAAGAAUCAUAAUAAAAGCAUUUAAAAUAAAUACCAUACACAGUUGAGGAAACAUUGGUUUAAGUACCCGAUAUGAAGUGGUCGCUGCAUAAGUGAAAACCUUUACUCUCGGGAUCCCACAGUUUCAUUUUAGCCCGGUCACUAGCGCGUUUCAUUACAAUGAUCCAACGUUCGCGGCGUUCCGGAUCUUGGGGAAUCCUGUAGAUGGCUCAUCCCUUAUGUCGUCCGCGUCUGUUCUGCACCCUGGGGCACAACAGGAAUCGACCAUAUUUCCCGUUUAAGUUUUCUGACAAUAACAAAUAGUCCAGCUGUGGGCUUCUGCCUGCCAAGAUGGCGCCGUUUCGAUUUGAACUGUUGCAUGCCGGGAGAAGUGACGUAAACUCCCGGAGCUCUAUUUCAGGGAAAUGAAGGUGAUCCAAGUGUACUGAUGCAACUGAAAAAGUCAAGUGUUAAUCAGGAACCUGAGAGGGCAAUUGUUUUCUCAGAUGUAUGAGAGUCAAAGUCUAAUCAUUCUACAGACAUGCUUUUGUUUGAGUCUAUUUAUUUUGUUUAAUGUAAUUUUAUGAGAAAAUAAAUGUUAAAAGUAAGUAAAAUAUAUCUUUAGUAAAUAAUAAAUAUAAAAAAUUACAUUUUUCUUUUUAAAAGACUAAGACAAAACUAAAAAUAAUAUGAUAAGCAUAAAUUGGAGCAGACUCGAUGGCGCUGAAGUUCUCAGGACUGAUGAAGGAACAUCAGUGAAAUGACUCCUGUGUGAUGAUCUGAUUCUUUUAAUCACAUUUUUCUGUUCCAGUGAACAUGGAGAUCCUUUAAAGGUGCAAUAUGUAAGAAUGACAUCCUGUGGUUAAAUUUGGUUACCGCGGCCCAUUUUUCUAAGCAUAUAGUCACUUUCUCUCUAUUGGUCCGAGGUUUCCAGUUACAGAUCAGUACCAGAAGAGUCUCGAUGACAAGUGAAGACGAAUCAUAUGCAGUGUUUUGAUAAGUUGAUAAAUACAUUUCACUGUAAUAUAUUGUUGAUGGUAAUUGAAAAAGUAGCUUGAGAUUGUUUUACAGCCGUUAGCACAGUUACCUCAACGUUAGCUUCUAGCCUUCUUUAUCCGAUAAUAGAGUAAAAUGAAAAGAUGCCCUGGCUUCUCAGGAAUAAAUGAAAUAACUUCCGGGUCACUGGAGUUCCUUCCUUCCCACGUGAUUAUUUCACUGUAGUAUUCUUACAUAUUGCUCCUUCCGAGGAUGAAAAUUUGCAGUUGCAUGUUUCCUUUCGUCAUCCUUAUCCUCAUCACUAAACUAAUUUCUUGAGAAAUUUUAACUUUUUUCUCAGCGUCAGUGCUGUUAAACAGAGGAGUGAAAUCUGCUUUAGGUUUAUUCUAUCAUUAAACACAAUGCUCCGCAACAGAGUUUCUUCUCAGUGUUUUCAGAUUCCUUCCCAGCAGCAGAGGCUAGAAGAGCUGUAGCAGCUGAGGGUGGAGCAAUGAGUUGGUGCAUUCUGGGAUGUGCAGUUUUAGUGUAAUACAUACCUACAGUAUUAGAUAAGAUCAGAAAAUACAUUUGGAUACAUUUGCAUACAAUAAACUUUAAAGUAAAAAUUAUUUUAAAAACUGGUGAUGCACUUGUUAAAAUAAUAUCACUGUUCACGUUUUCUUGGCAGCUUCUUAUUGGCAUCUUCUCCUUGAUCUUCUUCCUAAAUUAAACCCAUAAGCUGAGUUUGUGUGGGUCACAACUUCCGUUCUGUUUCUUGUUGCUCCUAAAAAGCGUGUUAAAAGCACAGGGACAUGUCUGCAUCAUGUGACUACUCCACUUGUUUAAUAAAUGGUUCAUGAAUAUAAGAAAAAAGUAAAAUUCAUGGUAGAAAGAUGGUUGACUUUUAUAAACAUAAAAGUAUUCAGGUUGCACUUUUUGAUGACAUUUUUGGCCCUCUGUGUGUAAAGAAGUGUGUGUGGCAGGAUGAAAAAGUAAAGCACUGGUUGUGUUAACUCAUCGUGUUUUCCCGAUCAUAAUAAUGUUACAGAACAAUAACUAAUCGGAAAUUAAGUUAACUGCAUUAACCAUUUUAUAUAUACAGAUAUAUAUAUAUAUAUAUAUAUAUAUAUAUAUAUAUAUAUAUAUAUAUAUAUAUAUAUAUAUAUAUAUAUAUAUGCCAUUGCACUUUCCAGGGCAGACCAUAAAGCUUUCUGCUGUGGUAAAGGGUUAGGGUUGUAUAUAUCAUAUAUGAAUAUGAGGAUUUUAAGUAAAAGAACAAAAUAAAUAUUUUUUUAAAAGUCAGCACUGUGUUGCUGACUUUUCAGGGAUGAGGAUUAGCACUCACUGUUUGUUGCAGUUUUGUGGCAUGAUUAUGUUUUCCUCUGUAACUUAUGAACACACACACACACACACACACACACACACACAGUCUUGUCCGGUUCAGGCCAUCAAUGCAUGAUCUGCGUUUGGUUUGUUUUUCCACCUCACCAUAAACUCCGAUCCUUGUGUGUUAACACUUCACAUGCAGCUACAGCUGGAGCUGUUGUUUACUUUUUUAUUUGUUUGUUUUGGAUUUUAAGUCCUUGUAUGGGUGACAGUUGUUUUGGUUUGAGAUUCAGGUAGCAGUGCUAAUUUAGACAAUCAAAUGUGUAAAAUACUGUGGUUCUGGGUGGCUCAAAGUUGACUUAAGUUAGGACAAAAGAUUUGCGGGCAGAUCAGAAACCUCGUGGUCUUUUUAAAACCUAUUAAGUUGCAACCAUGACAUUAAGCUGAUUUUCAUGCAACACUUGUGUUUUGACAGACAGACAAAAGCAAAGAUACAGCAGCCUGCAUGCGCCCACUGAUUUAAACCACUCGCCGUUAGACGUAUAAGUAACGUUGUGGUUAACGUUUGAUGAGCUGCAAAGAUCCAGCAGUUUAAAACCUCUCAGCUGUGGGUGGGCAGUAUAACAUCAGUGGUUUUCUCUGCCGGUGUUCACUGAUUGAGCUGUUUGAUAUACGAGUCAAUUUUUUUUUUUAUUGAUUGUUAGAGACAACCUCUGUUUCUGUUGGGGAAAUAACAAAAUGUUAACUGACUUCCAGAUAUCCUCUCAUCUCGUUGAAUGAUGUCGGACUCAACCGUUUGCUGAUUUAUGAUGCGAGCUGACAAGCUCAACUCAUCUGUACGAGUGUGCUCUGCAGGGUCGCUGCAUGAUUACGUGACCUUCCUCCAGGUUCAUACCUUCUUCCUUAUCUUUAUGGUGAGGUUUCUUAUCAAGUCAAACAUUUUUUCUUAAUUUGCUUUUCUUCUGAUGAAAAAGAAAAACUAAAUCGUCAUUGCCAUGCAUAUCAGAUUGUUUGCAGUGCUCCUUUUUGUGUCAUGAGUCAAUACAGUAAAAUAUUUACAGUGAAUGACUUUUAUUAGCUACCCACUCCUUGUAGUGCAGUGUUAAAACCCUAGAUACAAUGCAAUAGAUUCUCCUUUUUUCUUUGCUUUCAUGUUUGUGCAACUUGGACUUUUCUGUUUGUUUGUUUUGUUUUUUUACAACUGAAAAGAAAAGUUCUCCUCUCCGUUUUGGCACCGGGACCUUAAUAAACAGCACAAAAAGAGCAGUUUUGCCCUCAUGCAAAGCUUCCUGUUUCCAUAGAUGUGUGAGAUACUUUUAGUCAGAGAGGAAUGUAAAUCAAAGGGGGGAAAUAUAUAUUAUAUAAAGUUGUACCAUAUACAAAAUAUAUAUGAACCAAUGUUAUUUAUGUGAAUUUAAGUCCAAUUAAAAGUCUGAUCCCAAAACA